AUUAUGAAACUAUAUAUAGAUUAGCAAACCACAUAACACUUCUUCUCUACUACACACGAAUCAUUAACAUUGCACAUAAAUCACAAUGGCAACUAUAUUAUUCUCGUUACCAAAUCAUAAGUUCCGUAUCAAUCUAUUGUUGUUCCUGAUCUUAAACUUCUUGUCUCUUCAUUCUUCAGUGUUUUCCCAUUCAUCAAACUCUAAAUUUACAAAAUUCACAAGACACCCAAACUCCGAUUCAUCAUCAAAAACCAAACAAUCAACUUCGUCUAACAAAGGGUUUCUCAACUCAGUCCAACUCAGCUUGGACCACGCUCAUUUAGCUCGUUCUCUCGCCUUUAACCUCACGCUUUCGCACCGUACCUCUCAAACCCUCAUGAUCGAUCCUGUCAACGACUGCCUUGAGCUGCUUGACGACACACUCGACAUGCUGUCUCGCAUCGUUGUCGUCAAGAGUAAAGAUCAGGUCAACGAUGAUGUCCACACAUGGCUAAGUGCGGCGUUGACUAAUCAAGAGACCUGUAAGCAAAGCCUCAGCGAGAAAUCUAGCUUCAACAAAGACGGAGUCGCGAUGGAUUCCUUCGCAAGAAAGCUCACCGGUUCACUGACCACUUCCCUAGACAUGUUCGUGUCCGAUAAGCGGAAAAGUUCUUCUUCGUCUGGUGUAGUUGGUGGUCGGAAACUGUUGUCGGAUCAUGAUUUUCCGACGUGGGUUUCUUCGUCGGACCGGAAGCUUUUAGAAGCUACGGUAGAAGAGCUGAGACCUCACGCGGUGGUGGCAGCCGACGGAAGCGGGACACACAUGAGCAUAGCCGAAGCCUUGGCGUCUUUGGCGGAGGGAAGUGGCAGAAGCGUGAUCCAUUUAGCAGCCGGAACUUAUAAAGAGAAUCUCAAUAUUCCGAGCAAACAGAAGAACGUUAUGUUGGUUGGUGACGGGAAGGGCAAAACAGUCAUCGUCGGUAGCAGAAGUAACAGAGGUGGCUGGAAUACUUACCAAUCCGCUACUGUCGCCGCCAUGGGGGAUGGUUUCAUAGCUCGGGACAUAACAUUCGUGAACAGUGCGGGACCAAACGCAGAACAAGCUGUUGCAUUACGGGUAGGAUCAGACAGGUCCGUGGUAUACAGAUGCUCAGUAGAUGGGUACCAAGACUCACUCUACACACUCUCGAAACGACAAUUCUAUAGAGAAACCGACAUUACCGGCACCGUGGAUUUCAUCUUCGGAAACGCCGCAGUCGUUUUCCAAAGCUGCAACCUCGUAUCUCGAAAAGGCUCGUCAGAACAAAACUACGUAACGGCCCAGGGACGGUCCGACCCUAAUCAGAAUACGGGAAUAUCUAUCCAUAAUUGCAGAAUCACCGGUUCUAUCGGGACUUAUUUGGGCCGUCCAUGGAAAGAGUAUUCUAGGACAGUUGUGAUGCAAUCGUUUUUGGACAGUUCGAUCCACCCUUCGGGUUGGUCUCCUUGGUCGAGUAGUUUCGCUUUGAAGACUCUUUAUUACGGAGAAUUUGGGAACUCGGGUCCUGGAUCAUCGGUUUCGGGUCGGGUUAGCUGGGCCGGGUAUCACCCGGCGUUGACGUUGACCGAAGCUCAAGGGUUUACCGUCUCGGGUUUCAUUGACGGGAAAUCGUGGUUGCCGUCAACAGGUGUCGUUUUCGACUCUGGCCUCUUAUAAUUAUCAUUCAACUAAUCAAUCAUGUGGUUAAACAAACAAACAAAAAAGGAAGUAAAUGAACGUAAUCUGAUUAUAGUUGUGUAUUACGUGUUUUGUGUUUGGUUGUAUUUUGUAUACGUCAUAUUGUUGUAUUUUUCUCUUGUCGUGAAUAAAGGUGAUAAAUUGGUAUUUGUAUAUAUAAACUUUGUAAUAUCUAUUGCCCAUUCGAUUCUCUCUUA